CUUUCUUUCGUUUCCGCAAUACGGAAUAUAAAAUGCUUCACUCACCAACGCUUCUUUAUUCCUCUGAGUCGACACCUUUAGUUGUGCUUGCUGCGGCCCAGAUCGGCGGCGUGAGUUUAACAACUUUUCCUGAUAAGGGCAUCUCUGGCGACGUCGAACCAACCCUUCUUCUCGAAGAUGGCACUAAAAUAGCGGGAACAUCUUCACUCUUACGAUUUAUUGCCCGUGCAUCAGCUAAUGCAUGUGGGCUCUAUGCCGGCGAUAUAAUGUCGUCCACUAUGGUAGAUUUUUGGAUCGACCAGGCCUCGGCAGCUGUGCGUGGCGGUAGCUUUCAGGAGAUCUGUGAGAGAGUCGCCGCAUAUCUUUCAAGUCAUACUUAUUUGGUUGGAUGUACACUGACAAUCGCAGACCUGGCUUUUUUUCAUCAACUGCUGAAUUCACGUCAGUGGGAAGCUAUAAAAACGAGACCCUCGCUCGGCCAUUUGCUGCGUUGGUUUAAUUCGUGUAUGAUGAACGGUACACUUCGCGACGUGGCCACUGCUCAUGGGGCAUCGUUUUUUCUAACACUCAAAACUUUAAGAUUCCAAGGUAUUAUUGAGAGCUGUGUGUCUACCUCGGGUGGUUCCUUCAAAAUAAAUCUUGAUAACGCAACUGAAGGCUGCGUAGUUACUCGCUUUCCCCCUGAACCCUCGGGUUAUUUGCACAUUGGGCAUGCCAAAGCUGCACUUUUAAACCAGUAUUUUGCUCGCCUUUACAAAGGUAAGCUUAUCAUUCGAUUUGAUGACACCAACCCAUCCAAAGAAAGGGAUGAGUUCGUCGAAAAUAUCUUGCAGGACUGCGAGACACUAGGACUUAAACCAGAUGCUGUGACAUAUACGUCAGACUCUUUUUCUCAAAUUUUAGAGAUGGGAUCAAAAUUGAUUCGAGAGGGAAACAUGUACAUAGAUGAUACUCCGUUAGAUCUAAUGCGUCACGAAAGAAUCAAUCGUAUAGAGUCUGCUGCCCGUGGGAACACUGUUGAAGAUAAUCUUCGUUUAUGGGGAGAUAUGAUUGCCGGUAAUGAAAAAGGCUUAGAGUGUGCUGCUCGUUUUCGCAUGGACAUGCAAAGUGAUAAUGGUUCUCUACGGGAUCCUGUUGCUUUUCGCUGCAACCUAUCUCCGCAUCACCGCACGGGCACAACACACAAAGUUUAUCCUACGUAUGACUGUGCCUGUCCUUUUGUUGAUGCACUCGAGGGAGUCACUCAUGCCCUGCGAACUUCUGAAUAUCGUGACCGCGAGGAUCAAUAUCACUGGGUGCAGAAUAUGAUGGGCUUGCGGAAAGUGCACAUAUGGGACUAUUCACGGUUGAAUUUCGUGUACACAACUUUGUCAAAGCGAAAAUUACAGUGGUUUGUAGACCAUGGAUAUGCGGAAAGCUGGAAUGAUCCUCGUUUUCCCACUGUUCAGGGGUUGAAACGUAGAGGUUUGCAGAUCGAGGCUCUUAAAGAAUUUAUCCUGAUGCAAGGUGCAAGCCGAAAUGUAAAUUUGAUGGAAUGGGAGAAGUUAUGGACGUUGAACAAACGCAUCAUAGACCCAGUUUGCCCUCGACACACUGCCGUUGAAGACGAGGGCCGAGUUGCAGUUACUUUGCUAAAUGGACCUGUAAAUACAGAGUCCGUGUCAGUUCCGCGCAACAAGAAAUAUCCUUCAGCUGGUACAAAGGUAUCGAGCCGCAUGUCUCGCAUUUGGCUGGAUUUAGCAGAUGCGGAAUUGCUUGAAGAAGGUGUUGAAGUUACUCUGAUGGACUGGGGAAACUGUAUAAUUAAAAAGAUAUUUAAGGAUGGUCCCUCAGGUGCAACUGUUAGCAUGGAAGCUGAGCUUAACUUAAAAGGUUGCGUAAAGUCCACUAAAAUGAAACUCACCUGGCUACCAAACAUGAAUGAGCUAGUUCCUCUGAAACUUUUGGAUUUCGAUUAUCUCAUUACGAAGAAAAAAGUUGAAGAGGAAGACAAUCUUGCUGACGUUGUAAACAAGCAGAGUAAAGUAGAAAUCCGAGCCCAUGGUGACGCGGACUUGGGCAAAUUGAGAAAGGGAGAUGUGCUUCAACUGGAGCGCAAAGGAUAUUACGUUGUUGACGCUGGGUUUGAGCCAGGUGUCCAACCCAUGGUGCUUCUUUGCAUCCCAGAUGGCCGUACUAGGAGCUGGGGUGUUUCUCGGAAUAAAUAG